AUGCAAUACGCGAUCCAAUUUCAUCGAUUUUGUUGGGACGCUAGUGUUCUUAUUGAUGUACUGCGUUUACAACGCCCACAUAAAUCUUCAAUUCCAGUGAUUUCUGUGUGUACGCGAAGUGGUGAAAACGAAGACAGUUGUCGCAAGGCGGACGCCAUGAUUUUCGCGGGUGACGGACAUCAGAACAUGAUUGUGAUUGUCGUUUUCACGCGGAUGUGA